CGUAGAACCGAAGCCAAAACCCUACAAAAGUAUCAGGAAAACCCUUGUCCUAUUUUCUUUUUUCCGAAUUUGUAGAAGCAACAAAACCAAGCUCCCUCACUCCUCUCCGGUAAUCAACGGUUUCAAAAAAAUAUGGUUGAUAAAUCUGUGAAGUUAACAAAGAAAAACAAGAGGAAGUUUAACAGUUCCCAAGAAAAAUCGAGUCUUAGAAAACGCCGCCUUAACGAUUUUUUGAUCAAGGAAGCAAAAGAAGGUGAAAGCUCGGCGCGGACUGAACCGGAGCUGAAUCCCAGUGAAGAACGCCCAUGGAGAAAUCUACAGUUAAUUCUUUCCUUGCAAAACAAACAAACCGACCUUCAAAAAAAGGUAGAGCUGGCUUUUGAUUUUGUUGAUUCAGAAGAGAAAGAAGUAAGAAACGAUGUGGAUGGAGAUGAUGAAACGGUGAAUAUAUCUCGAAUGAUUGUUUUUCUAAGUGAUUGGAUUCAGUCAUUGUUAAUUUCUCCUCAAAAGACUGAUAAAGUUGAUGGAGUCGUUGACGCUUGUUUGGAUUUUAGAUGUUGGCGGAUUUUUGAAUUCUGUUUGAAAGAGUCUUUGAAAUUGCAUGUAUCUUUGAAUUUCUCUCGGAAUUUAUUAAGAGCAAUUGGUUACAUUGCAAGAAAUGUUUUGUCUUUUAUUAGCGAUCCAUCUAUGUCUUCAAAUGAAUCAGUUUUUGCUGGUGAAGGGUUUGAAUUGUAUGGUGUAUUUCUUGAUUGUGUUUCCUUGUUAUUCUCAUUCCAACAUGGCUUGUCAAAUGAAAAUUUAGAGUUAUGGGUUUCCAAUAUUGACCUAGUGCUUCAGCUUGUUCACAAAAUUCAUGCUCAGAACCUUGGUGGUGGCAAUAUAGGUGCAUUUGCCAUGCGGUUUUCUUGUGUGGUUCUUGAGCCAUUUGCCAAGUUUUUGAGGAUUCAGCCCACUCGGAAAAAUGGGUUUCGUGAUUUUGUAGACAAGCUUCUUGAGCCCUUGUUGCUUCUGCUAGAUGUCUUGUAUGGCUGUGUUAAUGAGAACAAUUCUUGCUUGACAAGGAACUUGUUGAUGUUGGUUGAAGAAGUAUUAUCUCAUGGGUUAUUUCAUCCAAUUCAUAUUGAUGGAUUUUUAGGCUUGCGCAGUGUGGAAAAUUAUGCUCUGAAAAUUGAUGCAAAAGACUCAAAUGUGGUCAUUAAAAGUUAUCACAGACAUUUAUUUGACAAACUACAGAGCAUGGUAAAGAAGAACAUAGUAUUGAGUGGUAUUGGACGAUUAUUUCACUUGUUUGCUGCUCGAAUUAAAAAGCAAAAAGGAGCUUCAGCUGCAGGGACUGCUGGAAAAUUUGGAGGUACUAGGUGCAUGGAAGAUGAGUUAUCUGGUCAUUUGUCUACAGAUCCAUCUCCAAGUAGUAGGGCAAUUCCAGAUAAUAACUAUAGAUCUAGUACUUACAGUGCAGAAGCACGGAAGUCACUAAUUGAUUUUUUUGUUCAGCUUUUGGAGCCUCUCCUGCUUGAGAUGGAUGCCUACAUGCAAUCUAACUUGGCAGCUAGGGUCUCAUUGGUAGAUGUUCAUUGCACACUGAAGUCCAUUAAUAGUUUAGUUGCCAGUUUUGUACAUGAAAAAGUAUAUGUAAGAACAGAAGAUAUCUCAGAAGGAGCUUGUCUUAAUUUCUUGAAGAAAGUUUAUAAUACAGUAAUCUCAUUUGCUGCGAAAUUAUUUGGCCUGUCAGAAAUGGAUAUAGAUGGCAAGACACGGAAGGAAAUGUUUCCUUUAUUAGCCAAGGAGUUAUUUCUUGCUGUAGGGCACUUCUUGGAUAUUGAAAACGAUGUUAUUGGGAGUGAUUUAAUUAGCUUAUGGCUCAUGAUACUUUCUUACUUGACCAGUCUUUCUGAUUUAGAUUUACCAGAUCAAUCCUUAUUGAUUUCCCCAAUACUUGAUCUUGGGUGCCAGCUGGUUAAUCUUUAUAGCGCACUUCGCCAGGUGAAUAAUUCUAUUUUUACACUCUGCAAAGCAGUGAGACUUUUGAUAACACACCACCAUGAAAGUGAAACGAGCUGCACCAGAUUUUUUGCAUACUCAGCAUGCUUAUCUAAUGAAGCAACUGCAGCAUCAGUGGCAGUUCUUUUAGGCUCACAAGAAUUUAAAUUGGCUAUUCACCAUGCUAUUAAAUCCAUACCAGAAGGGCAAGCGAGUGAACUUAUUCAGCAAUUAACUGCAGAUGUAUCAGAAUCGAUGGAAUGGUUGAAAAUUGGUUGCUCAGUAACUGAUGGAAAAGAAAUUGAAAGAUUGCACGUAAGAGAUCGUGGCAUGCUAAGCAUUCACAAACAACCAGAACUCUUGGGAAGGGUGCUAUCUGAAAUUUAUAUGGUAUUGCUAGACUCACUUUCAGUUACCGCAGGAAACUGCAUUCUGCUUGGGCCUUCUAUAAAGGAGCUAGUAAGUACUAUUUAUCCUUUCAUUUGUAGUCUGGGAGAAAAAUGCCUUGAUGGUGUCAAUGUGUUCCUGUUUUCUGUCAUGGGAACGACUUCUGAGAAUAUGGUGGCUGAGAACAAAAAAGAAAAAUAUGGAAUAUCAAUACAAUGGAUAUUUGUUUUCCUAUUUCGACUAUACAUGUCUUGCCGAAGCUUGUACAGGCAAGUCAUUAGCCUUACACCUCCCAUUACAUCACGGAAAUUGUCGUUGGCAAUGGGGGAUGCAUUCACAGCGUAUACUGGUAGGGAUUGGAUGGAGAAAUCAGUUUGGACUGAUGACGGCUACUUUUCUUGGAUUAUUAAUCCUUCACUGUCUCUUCUUGAUCUUAUACACCACAUAACAGACACAUACAUUAAAGACAACAUUGAAGAUUGCUGUCCACUGAUUUAUGUACUGCAUAUUAUGGCUCUCCAAAGGCUAGUGGAUUUAAGCAGGCAUAGAUGCUCUCUUGAGUAUUUAUUAGAGCAGAAUAAGAAGCUGAUGCAGGUUCAAAAGUUUGAUGAUGCUGAUUUGUCACGUUAUAGCAAAAAAGACAGAAAGUUGAAAAGACGCAUCUUAGUUUUGGAGCAAGAGGCAGUGCAGCUUGCUGAUUUUGUGCUGGGAUACCUUUCAUUAGUUGCUAAUAAUCACUCAUCAAUCCUCUCCUCUGAUGACACAUCUUGUGAGAAAAAGGCGCAUGAAAGUAAUAAAUGGGAUUUUGGUAUUUGUUCUGUGAGCAAGAAGUCUUUGCCGAUUGCAAUUUGGUGGAUUAUUUGCCAGAAUAUUGAUAUUUUAUGCAUUUAUGCCGAUGCUAAAAAGUUAAAAAAGAAGUUUAAAACAUUCCUCACUCUUUUGAUCCAGACUUCCCUUCCUUGUUUAUCAAAAAGCUUUCAGCAGGUUGAAAAGCAUAAAAUUGAAAAAGAUGGUCAGCUAAAGAAAAUAAGUCUGUAUCAGAUUUCACAAGGUCUUCUAAAAGAUUCCACUCUCUAUGAUCAUAAAUUUGUUCGCAGGAAUUUGUCAUCAAGGUUUUGUCAUGCAUUGGAGAACUUGGCUCUGUUACUGUUUGGCAAUUCAUCAGUUAGUGACAGGAAUUUUAAUUCAUUUCCUGUUUGGUCAGAGGUUUUAAGCACACUUGAUAACUCACCUGCGGUUGUUUCUGGUAGAAGAUAUGUUAAGCAUGAUUCAGCUACAAGAUCAAUUUCAAAUUCAUGCAAUGAGCAAUCUUCUAUGAAUCCGACAUCCCUUCCUUUCAAAACUGUGAAAGAUUGUAAGAGUUUGCUUAAUCUUCUGUGUUGGAUGCCAAAAGGAUUUUUGAGUUCAAAAUCAUUCUCCAAGCUAGCCACAUGUGUCCUCCACCUUGACCAGCUUGUAGUUGCAGAGCUUUUACUCUGUCAAAGAGCACUGUCUUCAUAUGGUUGUGAGCUUUUCCAAUUGUUUGUCACUUGUCGGAGGACAUUGAAAAAUAUUAUUAUGGCAUUGUGUGAGGAGAAUAUAGAAGCUAGUCUGUCUUCACUUCUCUCAGUUGCUGAGGGUUCAUAUUUUAUCACAUGGCUUUUCAAGUCAGUAUCUGCUGUGACUGAACUCCUAGACACAAUGUCGGAGGACUGUAUUUCUGAUUACAAAACUAAGAAAUUCUCAUUGAUGGAUCACACAUCUUAUGUCUUCUUUGCAAUAAGCAAAUAUCAAUUUAGUCAGGCUGUUGAUUUCAUUGGAAAUUCUGAGCAACCCUGUAAACAUUUUUCUGGUUUUGUCAGUGAUCAAAGUAUUUUAAAUGAACCUCCUUUGUGCUUCAAUUAUUUGAAAGAUAGUGAAGCCUUGAAAAGUUUGUCUACUAUUGCUGAGAGUCUAAAGGAACAGGCAGAGAGCUUCCUUUCUUCUUUGAAAGAAGCCCUUGGUAUUGCACAAGUAGGAAUUGAGGAAGAAGCUGAAAAUAUUAAUAAAAUGUCUUUCUUGGUUUCUUGCUUUGGUGGGUUUUUAUGGGGCUUAGCAUCUGCCUUGAAUCAGUUGGGCGAAAAAUGUGGGGAGCUAAAGACAAAAUUGUUACGAUGGAAAAGUGAGCCUCUCUCGAAAAUAAAACUCUGCACAAAUGUGUUUGUUGAUCUUAUUAGUAAUGUCUUACACAUGUUCCUUGAGAAGGGCCAACAGCGAAGAAGUGAUCCUGAUUCUCAAAGUUCUGACAAGUUUGAUUACAGAAGGGAUUCUCUGGUUUUUAAUGAUUUAGUGGUGCUUCCUUGUCUAAAUAAGCAUUUGUUGCUAGGGUUGCUAAAGGGUGAUCAUCCUGAUAGAGCAGUUUUACUUAGGCAGCUAUUAAUUACUUAUUCUGCUAUUUUAAGGCUAAAUUUGCGUGUUGGUGGUCCUCUCUUGUCAUCAGGCAUGGCAUCUCUCAUAAUUGACAUGUCACAAUUCUUGUUGUUGGAGUUGGCAAACUCAGUUGAAAGCCCGCCACCAUUCACUUUUGUUUGGUUAGAUGGUGCAGUUAAGUAUUUGGAAGAAGUCGGGAGUCACUUUCCGUUCACUGAUUCUGCCUUGAACGAAAAUGUUUAUGGCAAGCUAAUAGAAUUGCAUUUAAGGGGCAUAGGAAAAUGCAUAUCUUUACAAGGAAAAAGUGCUACUUUGGAAUCUCAUGAGCGAGAAUCAAGCUCUAAGAUACUCCAUGAUGAUACUGGUUUAUCCGAGUCAUUUCUUUCUCAUGGCUCACAUUGCCUAGAUGAAUUCAAAGCUAGGUUGAGGAUGUCAUUCAGUGUGUUCAUUAAGAAUCCGUCAGAGUUGCAACUAAUGUCAGCAAUAGAGGCUAUCGAGAAAGCAUUGGUGGGAGUACAAGGAGCUCAUGGAAGGAUAUAUGAAAUAACCGCUGGAAGUGCCAACGGUGGCAUGGUCUCCUCAACUGUUGCGGGUGGCAUUGACUGCUUGGAUCUACUUCUUGAGCAUGGUUCAGGACGCAAAUGUUUGAGUGUGAUUAAAAGACACAUUAGAGGCUUUGUUGCUGCUCUAUUCAAUAUAAUCCUGCACUUGCAGAGUCCAUUAAUAUUCUACAGAAAAUCUGUGAGUAAUGAAGGUGACAGAAACCUUGAUCCGGGAUCUGUUGUUCUUAUGUGUAUUGAGGUAUUGACCAGAGUUUCUGGAAAACAUGCUCUGUUUCAACUGGAUCUGUGUCACAUAGGGCAGUCUUUGCGUAUCCCUGGAGCACUUUUUCAAGAAUUCCAUCAACUAAGGAUUUCUGAAGGACCAGUAUCAAGUAACACAUUUUUGGAUGAACAAAAUCACAAUUCUACUGUAAGCAUGGAAUAUCAUGUUUUGGGCCUGGACCAACAGUUCUCUAUAAACCUCUUUGCUGCUUGUUGCCGAUUAUUGUACUCCAUUCUGAAACAUCACAAGAGUGAAUGUGAACGGUGCAUUGCUGUGCUUGAAGAAUCUGUUUCCCUUCUUCUUCAUUGUUUGGAGACAGUGGAUGCUGAUCUAGUGGUCCAAAAAGGUUAUUUUUCAUGGGAAAUACAAGAGGGAGUGAAAUGUGCUGGUUUUCUCCGAAGAAUCUAUGAAGAGAUAAGGCAGCAGAAAGAUGUCUUUGCAGGGCACUGUUACAAGUUCUUGUCAACCUACAUAUGGGUUUUUUCAGGAUAUGGUCCCCAUAAAACUGGCAUUAGAAGGGAGAUAGAUGAAGCUCUAAAACCAGGUGUAUAUGCAUUAAUAGAUGCUUGCUCAGCUAAUGAUCUUCAAUAUCUUCAUACAGUAUUUGGAGAGGGUCCUUGUAGAAACACUUUGGCCAGUUUGCAACGUGAUUACAAACUGAAUUUCCAGUACGAGGGGAAAGUCUGAUCUCAGCCAUUUACUGUGGUAGGUUAUAUUGGCAAGUCAUCAAUUUUUCCACUUUUAACUCAUCUUAGUUACAAGGAAACGAACUUUUUAGAGAGCAUCAUGUUAUUGUACAGUUUUCGCGAAAAUUGAUAAGCUUGAUGAUCCCGUUUGGGUUCUUAAUAUAAGGGAUAAAGUCCAGACAUUUGGUCCGAGAAAGGCUAACUUAUCCAUAUAAGAUUAGUCGGAUUGGGUAGAACCAAGAGGAAUAAUUCAUGUCUUUUGUUAUAUUGGAUUUCAAAUGCUUUGGAGCUUACCAGAUGAUUGUAGAAAUUGGUGUAUUGUGGGUUUCUCUAGUUUAUCAUUUUAUUUUUAGGAGGGAAAUUAAGGAGCAUGGAUGAUGGAUCGUCUCUGACGUUCCCGAGGCUGCUAGCUUGGGGAAGGUCGGUUGUUUCAUUCAUGAGCUUGUUGUAUAAAUACUAAAAUUUCAUUUUUUAUAUUUAUUUUUCACCGUCGUCAUGGGCAUGUUAGGAACUCAUCCCUUAGGUGGGUCUGCCGACACGUGGCCCAUAUUUGGGAAAAAACACCUUUAUGGUCCCCUUAAUUUCAAUAUUGAAUAAAUUGGUCCCUCAAAAAAAUCAAAAUAAUUUAAUCCUUAUUAAUUUCAAAAGUAAAUAAGGACAAUCACAACAUUAAUACUUGGUCUUGAUUUAACGAACGUAGCUUACAGUAUUUAUAUAAAAUAUAUAAACAUUGAGAGAUAAGUUAUUAUAGCAGUCAAAAGUAGUUAUAAUUGACAAAGGAAGGUGAUUAGUAGUACAUAAUUGUUUAAUUUCAAAAUGGAUAGGGAUUAUGUCAGAAGAGGUGGUUUUACCCCAUAUUUCUAACAUGACUAUAGUUAAGAGUAAUUGAAAAAUGCAAGUGUUGGAUUCUGAUUAUUCAUGAAUAAGAUUGAGAUUGAUGCCCUAGUUCCAACUUGAAAAACAUUGUCCAUUAGCUCCAUCUAAAAGCUUUUAGUGAUACACUAUAUUAUUCUGAGAUUCCUUCACGCCUAUCUAUUUGCUCAUAUGGAUAUCAUAAUAAGAUGUUUAUAAUCACCAACGAAAGCUAAUUGCUAAUUUUUAGAGGAGGAUCAACCAUAAAACACAUUCCGAGGUGCUUGUGUUGUGUAGUGUAGCAUUGAGCAUUCCCCCGGCCAGUCCCCUUCUCUUCGUUCAAUGUUAGUACUAUCUAUCUUAUUAUAUUAUACAUCAUUCUUGUAAUGCAAACCAUCCCCAGACCAGACAAGCCAGCUCCAUAUUCCAAGAAUUAACAUUUUUCUUCCGUAUGCUUACAACUGCAGACAGACUGAUUAUUUCACUAGGAACCAAAUCAACAAAUGUGCGGUCUAUCUUUUUACUAUAAAUAGAGUCUUUAAUUCACAUGCUAGAAAAUACCCUAAACCUAUACCUCUUUUAUGGCCCAUCAUAUUAGAAGUAGAGGUGACUACAUAUUGGAUUUAUUCUCUUUAACUCCUCUGCCUUAUCCUGUUCUGCUAAUCCUUUCUCUCACAUCUGUAUUUCUCGGAAUAUCAAGUUACCUUAACUACGAAUCCGCUGUGGAAUCUGCCGACCAGCAAAUGAGUUGGGUACUUUUCGCCACACCAGUCGUGUUAAUACUCUUGGCACGAUGGCUCUCCUCUAUGGAAGUCUCUGGUAUGCUGUUUGGUUCAUCACCCUGGGAACGUAUCCGACGGACUCAUCAUCACCCUUCUGAAGGUACCUCACCCUGGGUGGUGGCUGCUUUCAUUGUGUUGCUGUUAGUCCUGUUGCAGUACCAGUCCAUUUUUCGUGAGAGCUGGCUGGUAUGAUCUUUAUAUGUGUGUGUAGUACUAUAGUUUGAAAAAACUGUGUUGGAAUUUCUCAUCUUUAACAGGGUUUUGCCUUGUUAGAUCCAACACAGUAUCUGUGCUAGCAACGGUUCUAAAUAACACUGCAAAAUUUAGGAAAACAAGUUUCUGUAAGACUUGGAAUGGAUCUUGCUUCAUAUAGAUGUAGUUUUUCAUGGUUAAAACUUAAAAAGUAGUUAACAAAAUAUUAAUACAGUAGAAUUCUUCUCAUCA